UGGCCCAAGCGCAACUUGUUGCUCGACCCUUUUUGGCCACCGGACCAAGACGUGAGCAUGGCAAGCUCAGAUUCUCGUGGCAAGAUGGCAUUGAAGUACACCAAGACUUGCAGGCAUUGGAAAGCAGGACACUGCACAAUGGGCAAUUCUUGCAGUUUCGCACAUUCAGAUUUGGAAUUGCGCGAGCAACCCAACUUGCUGAAGACUGAUCUUUGCUUUCGCUUCAUGCGCAAGGGUCGCUGCAGCAAGGGCACGUCCUGCACCUUCGCCCAUGGUCGAGAGGAGCUCCGCGUGGCCACCCAGCACGAGCCAGAGCGCGUGAAUUCGGAGCCCAUGAAGGUGAACCUUCAUCGAGCAUUGGAAGCACCCCUUGAGGAGCGAGCGUUGAGUGUGUUGGAUCCGGCGCCACUGGUGCCACCUGGCAUGUCCAUGGUGCCCUUCCGACCACCACCAGGACUGGAGGAGGUACUUCCACCGCCAAGCAGGAAGCCUCCUAGCCUGAAUGACUUGGACUCGCUCAGCUUGGCUCCAACUUCAUUGCCGUGCACACCUGCUCAGUCAUCGUUGCCAUGCACACCCGGUCAGUCCUCAUUGCCAUGCACACCUGGUCAAUACUCAUUGCCAUGCACACCUGGCCAGAAAGGCCAGCAGAGUUUGCGAAGGGAACAUGGACUCCCUUCGAUCAAUUCAGAGUCAGUGUAUAGCGCUUAA